AUGUGGGACGGUCAUGCCUUUCUCAGCCUUCCGAUCCGAGUCCAUGGAGCAUGCGUAAACACCAAGGAGGAGCUGGUGGCUGCUUGGGGUGAAAGUCUGCACAACAGCGCCGACGGUCGCGGUUUACGAGAAGACGCAAAGCGGAUUUACAAGAAAACAUACUACUCGCAUGCCACUCCCAUCAGUAGUAUCACUGUUGCACCACAACCACUGAAUGCCCGAAAUCUACGGAGAAUCUCAGUUCCGCGAGAUGUUGACCAGACAGAUAACGCCCCCGCAAUAUGCAGCACGUCACAGCCUUGUAUCAAACCCAGACAGCGAGAGUCAGCGUUGAUCAAGGUCAGGCAACGCCCCCGCAAUAUGCAGCAAGUCGCAGUCUCGUAUCAAAGCAAGACCGUGUGGGCGCAGGCCCCCAGUUUCCGUCAACAUUAUGUUCUACUUCAAACCAAAUUGCACGAAAUUCGCGAAGUACAUUCAUUUGCAAACGAAUUCGUUUUUUUUUCGAGACUCACCUGGAACCCAGCUGAAUCUUUUGUUUAUGAUUUUCCCAGACAACUGAAUCAACCACUGAAUGCCCGAAAUCUACGGAGACUCUCAGUUCCGCGAGAUGUUGACCAGACAGAUAACGCCCCCGCAAUAUGCAGCACGUCACAGCCUUGUAUCAAACCCAGACAGCGAGAGUCAGCGUUGAACAAGGUCAGGCAACGCCCCCGCAAUAUGCAGCAAGUCGCAGUCUCGUAUCAAAGCAAGACCGUGUUGCUGAACUCCAUCGAGAGCUACCGACCGGUUUCGCCCUUCUUGGGGCUCAUCAGGUGGGCGCAGGCCCCCAGUUUCCGUCAACAUUAUGUUCUACUUCAAACCAAAUUGCACGAAAUUCGCGAAGUACAUUCAUUUGCAAACGAAUUCGUUUUUUUUUCGAGACUCACCUGGAACCCAGCUGAAUCUUUUGUUUAUGAUUUUCCCAGACAACUGAAUGUGCUGCACUUCAAGUUUCAGUCGCUACGAUACUCGAGAUAUCGCAAAACAUGUAUAUUCAUACACACAACUCAUGUAACUAGAUUCGGACGAAUGCCGAAAGUAAUUAUACCGUUGCCUAUUUGUUCGGCCGUCAGCAGAAGUCUCCACCGUCCGGAAACAAGAAGCAGUCUGACAGUGAGUUGGCCGUACAGAGAUAACGGCGCGGAAAAUCAGCACGUCUGGGAUGUGAGGGACUGUCUUUCAGUUGGCGACGCGAUGCGGCAGCUCGUGUCACGUGAUAGGUCAGAUUGCGCGGACUUUACACGAUACUCUCGUGAUGGUGGUAGUGUUGGUAGUGUUGAUGAUGGUGGCGGUGGUGGUGGUGUUGGCGGCGGUGUUCGUGGUGGUGUUCGUGGUGGUUUUGGUGGCGGUGGUGUUGGUGGAAUUGGUGGUGAUGGUGUUGGUGGCGUUGGUGGUGGUGAUGAUGAUGUUGACGCUGAGUGUGAUGGCAGUUUUAUUAGUGGCGGUAGCGGUGGUCGUAGCAGUUGUGUUUAUGUUGGUUGUGAUGGCGUUGGCGGUAAUGGUGAUGGUGGUAUUUGA